GAAACUUGCUGUGCCAGACCGCGGGAGCGCCGAGCCUCAGCAGCCAUGAACGUGAGAACCGCGCUCGUGCUCCUCGCGCUGGCUUUAGCCACCAUAUUCGCGUUGGUCUGUGUGCUGCUGACCAGGGGCAGGGCCCCCGGCGCCUGCCCGCACCAGCCCCUGGCGCAGGAGGACCCCGACGAUGGCCAGAGCCUGGUCUUUGCAGACCUGACCCCCGCGGAGCUGGCGCAAGUGGUGCGGUACCUGCAGGGACACCUCGGGCUGCGGCUGGUGGACGCCGCGCGCGCAAACCCCUCCGACAACUGCAUCGCCUCCGUGGAGCUGCAGGUCCCGGCCAAGGCAGAGGCGCUGCGGUUCCUGGACGGGGCGGGGGCUCGUCCCCCCCGCGAGGCGCUGGCUGUGCUGUACUUUGGGGACCAGCCAGACCCCAACGUCACCGAGUACGUGGUGGGGCCGCUGCCGACGCCGGCGUAUCACCGGGACGUGACGGUGCGCAGGUACGGGGGGAAGGUGCCGUACCACCGCAGACCCGUUACUGGUAAGGAAUACAUGGAUAUCAAUGCUCUCAUCCAGCGGGAGCUGCGAAAGGCACCGCGCUUCCUCGCCGCUUGCUGUGAGUCUGAUGGGACCGACCUGACCACCCUCACGACAGCCCCGCGUGGCUUCAAGUCCGGCGACCGCGCGACCUGGUUUGUCCUCUUCCACAGCGUGGCCGGUUCUGGCUACUACCUCUCGCCGGUGGGGCUGGAGGUGCUGGUGGACCACAGGGACCUCCGCGUCUCCCGCUGGCAGCUGCGCCACGUCUUCUACAAUGGCCAGUACUUUGUGAGCAUGGCAGAUCUGGAGGAAGCGUUUGUGGCCAACUUGCUGGAGGUCGUCAGGGUCCAGAAGCCUCGGGCUGAAGCGGUGCUGGGCUCCAUGAGGCCCCGGCACCAGCCCAGCUCCCCGGGUCCACUGCAGUAUGAGCCACAGGGUCCCCGCUACAGCGUCAGGGGCAACCGCGUCACCUUCCAGGGCUGGAGCAUCACCUUCGGCAUGAACCCCAACUCUGGCCCGCGUCUCUUUGACAUCAGGUACCGCGGGGAGAGGAUUGUCUAUGAGCUGAGUCUCCAGGAAGCCUUAGCCCUGUAUGGCUCCAACUGCCCCGGGGGCAUGUCGACCCGCUACCUCGAUGGGAGCUUCGGCAUCGGCAGGUUUGCCUAUGAGCUUGUCCGGGGCCUCGACUGCCCCUACACCGCGACCUAUGUGGAUCAGCACUACCUGGUGGAGUCAGAUACCCCUAAAACCAACCAAAACUCACUCUGCAUUUUUGAGCACGACGCUGCCCUCCCCCUGCGGCGCCACUUCUCUGACUCACAGUCCUUUUACUAUGGGGGGUUGCGGAAAACCACGCUGGUCAUCCGUGCCAUCUCCACUCUCAUCAACUAUGACUACAUUUGGGACUUCAUGUUCCACGCCAGUGGGGCCGUGGAGGUCCGGGUGCACGCCACCGGCUACAUCAGCACCUCCUUCCUCCACGGCCAAGGCACUGACUACGGCAGCAGGGUUGGGCCCCACACGCUGGGAACGAUGCACCUUCACCACAUGCACUACAAGGUGGACCUGGAUGUUGACGGGCAGCUGAACUCCCUGGAGACCCAGGACAUGGGGUACAAGGUCAUGAAAGAACCCUGGAGCAUGCAGAACACCAUUGAGCGGCUGUACCUCCGCAGGAAAAGGCUGGAGAGGGAGGAUGAGGCGGCGUUCCAAUUCAAUGCCCCCAUGCCCCGCUACCUCUCCUUUGUCAGCCCCAAUCCCAAUAAGUGGGGGCAUCCCCGCGGCUACCGGAUCCAGAUCAUCAGCUUCGCCGGGGACCCCCUUCCCACCAGCAGCCCCAUGGAGAGGGCCAUCAGCUGGGGCAGGUACCAGUUGGCCGUCACCCGUCGGAAGGAGGAGGAGCCCAGCAGCACCAGCAUCUACAACCAGAAUGACCCCUGGACGCCCACCGUUGCCUUCGCUGACUUCAUCAACAACGAGACUAUCACCAACGAGGACCUGGUUGCCUGGAUCUCCGUGGGGUUCCUGCACGUCCCCCAUGCUGAAGACAUCCCCAACACGGUGACCGUGGGGAAUGGCGUCGGCUUUUUCCUGAGGCCCUACAACUACUUCGAUGAGGACCCCUCGGUGGACUCACCCGACAGCAUCUACUUCAGCAGCGAGCAGGACCCCGGGAUAUGCGGAGCCAACCCGCUGGCCUGCCAGCCCCCCGCCUGCACCCCCCAUCGGCCCCCCUUCAGAUAUGGGGGAUUCCUCAACCUCAGCCUGGCCCCGCUGCCUGGCACGCUCUGAUGGGGAAGGGGCUGCUGCUGCCUGGCCCCUGGUGUGCAGGGUCCUUGGGGGGGUUCUGGUGCCACACAGGGGACCUGCCCUCCCCAUGCCCGGGAUGCUGCAUGCUCAGGAUGAGCUCAGCUCUCGUUUCAGCCCCGCAGCACUGCCGCAGGUGGGCUCACAGCCUCUGAAGUACAGCCCCAAGGAGUGACCUCUCAUAGACCACAUCCAGGAUGCCACCCAAAAUGCUGUGGGCUGCCCACAGCCACUCUCCUCCUCCAGGACCGGAGCUCCUGCUGCCUCCCCAAGGUAGGUCAGUGCACACAGGGCGACGGUGCUGCUCAGGGCUGGCACUGCGCAGAGCUGCAGGUCCCCUUGGAGAUGUGGUCCAUGCUGAGGUUUUGCCCAGCCACAGUGGAGGUAGCAGCUCUGGGAUGCCCAAAAUGUCCAUCCUGGCCCCAUGGACACUCAGCUCCAGGGCUGAUGCUGCUGCGGUGGUGCCAAGCUCUGAAGACAGGGACAGUGCACUGGGAGCCUGCAGGACAAGGACACUGCAUGACCGUGGGACGGGCACUCCCUCGGCUGUGCUGCCCCAUGUCCACCCUUCCUAAUAAACAGGCACUUGGGUGCUUUUUCUGACCAAA